AUGUUCGUACGAAAAACCGGUGGGCCAAAGCUCCGAGGAAAAGCAGGCGAAUUGCGAUAUUUUGGGGAGGUGCUGUUGGCACUAUGGACAACAUAUUGCAGUAAUGAGCUUGAGCUUCACAAGAAGAUCACACUUCUCUUGAAAAGCAACGUUUUCAUGGAAAGGAAGCUGACGGAGACGAAGGGCCAGACUUCGAUGGAGGACGAGGAUGCUGAUGAGUUUAAUCAAGCAUGCUCCGAUAUGCUGGUACUUCAGAGUGAUCUUGCAAGGCACUUUGCAGAGCACGGCAAACUGUACUUCACUCUAACUUCGAAAGCACACCAGCUACAGCAUGUAUGGGCAUUUGUCGGCGAGGACCUCCAACAGAAGGUGCAGCGACUCGCUUCCAUGUCCCUGAAGGGGAAUGUUGGGCCUUAUGCUGUCAACAAGAUGCUCAGACGUUACCGGUUGGCGGAGCCGCCGGCGGAUUUCUCCGAGGCCCGGUCGGCGGAUGACGACUCGCUGUGGGUUGCUUCCGCCGGCCGGGCGGUCGCUGACCGCUCGCUGUGGGCGGGGGCGAUCGAGGACGGGGAGAAACCUGCCGGUGGUCUUGACAACGCACCAUGGCAAGCGUCGGACGACACGGUCUUUAGCAACAGCACGAAAACGGAAGACUUGGUGAAGGCUAUACGCUGUGGCGUGAGCGAAGCUUUUUCCGAUGGCGUCAACAGCGGGUUUUACAUCAACACCUACACGACGAAAGCGAAUCCCAGCCUGGCUGGCAUGUUGGAAGAGCUUCGUCGAGGCUGGCGGCGGUUCGUAGACACAGAGGGUAUCGAACGCUUGGAGUCCGAACGAGCAGUGCGCGAGCAGGAGGCGGCGGAAGCUCGUCGCCUGGCUGCGGAGGAUGGCGCCGUCUUGAGAAACGGUCGUGGCAAGCUGUUUCGCGAAACCAUGAAAACGUUGUCGCGGCUGAGCUCCUCCUAUCGUCGUUGUCACUGGAAGAGUGCGGCGGAGGUGAUUUUCCCUCUUCUUUUCGAGCAUCUGACGUUCGCCAGUCAUCGCACAUGGAAGCUGUACACGAAGAAGGCCGUCUAUUUCUGCGUCGAGGCCUGGAAGCGACGCUACGGUCCCAGCGUGCUUCGCUGUGAGCCUCGGCCUGACUCGGAGCCGGUUGUUUAUCAUCGAGAAGGUGUGGACGAGGUUGUGCUGCAAGGCUGGCGGAAGGUCGUUCGGGAGGAAAAGCUCACCGGGGAAGAGAUUCACCUGUACAUUGGACCGGUUGGACAAGUGUGUCGCAGCGUCGAGGAAGCGUUCGACGAGGAUCAGGCCGCUGCGAGCUGCUGCAAGGAUGCACAGCACAAACUCACCUUUAUGCAGGCGCUGCUUGAGCAGCACGCGGUGAAGGAGCGAGUGUCGGAGGACCCAAAGGCCGAGGAUCGUGAAUCGAAUCUGCAGUCAUUGCAGGCAACGGGGGAGGAUGCAGCCGUGUCGGCAUGUCGCUCGUACGGGAAGAACGGCUUGGUGGUGACGACCAGCAGCCUGGAAGAUUACUUGUUCCGUGGGGAUCAUCCUCUGGUGAGAGACAUGAGCUGGUCGCCUUACGGCAUGUGGGUCUAUCGCGUGGAGCUGCCUCCGACGUUAGCUGGUAAGUCGGUGCGGGCCGCAUUGCCGCGGCACGUGGACGUGUUUUUCGCGGAGAAAUACAAGCUCAGUGCUUCGCAUUGCCAGCGGAUUUCUUCGGAACCGCGAGUGCCCAUGUUCGAAGGAUUCACGAUGCCGACUCUCACCAUGGACAGCGAGCGGAAUGCCAUGCACAAGCAGUUGCAGUGCAGACCGUUUCGAGUCUUGCACUAUGAGGGAGAUGACACGGAGGCGGCCGUGCUCAAAGCGUUCGACCUUUUGUCUGCACCGGUGGGUGUGACUCCUGCGGAGCCUUCCAUUGCUGCGAGCACGGCUUUCACCUCGGCGUUUCUGGCUUGGCAUCAGAAAGCCAAGGAAGAAGCCGCGAUCGCUCGUAGGGGAUUUGCUGCCAGGUUCGAAUUCCCGUCUCUUUGGGAGACGCGGGAAAUGCGAGACGUCCUCGAGGAAAAGAUGGAGGCCAUGAAGAUGGAUGUGUCGCCGUCCCUUGCGAGCGACCCGGACAAGGACAAAGAGCGUGUCAGCGUGGGACAGUAUUCGAGCAUGCUGGCAAUGGAGCGAGUUGCUAACUUGGAAGGCCUGGCAAGAGCGCGUCAGCAGAGGCCGAAGCGUCGUCGGGAGCUGGACAUGCACCUGCAGGAAGAUUUCGUGCGAGUGAGGAUGGAGGGGGAGAACGCUGACGACGAGGGGGAGGUGGAUGCGGAGGACGGGUGUCCCGACAUGGUUGCGACUCCGAUUCCCAGGGAGCAAUUCCAGCUGGUGUUGCAACGACCCCACAGCGAUGAGGAGGUGAAAAGGCUGCUUUCGCUCGAUGGGCAGAGUCGGAAGACACGACACACUAAGGAAUUCUUGGGCCUGCCGUGGAUGAAGCGGGAUCUGUUCGCUGUUCGCGACAAAGCGCCGCCAGCGUUGCACAGUUCGGCUCAGAAGCUGGGUCGCGAGCUGGCCGCGUUGGACGAAGAGGCGCGGGAGACACUGUUGAGUGGCAUCAGAGACGGGUCGGAGGCGGCGGCCGGUUCCGAUGCUGCUGCAAAUGCCUCUGUUGUCACGUACAUUCGCGAGCUUGUCGGCGACAAGCUGCCGGCGAAUUGCGUGGGCUUCGACGAGAGUGUCCGGAGGGUGUAUUCGAAGCCUUCGCUCUUGAUGAAGGCGAUGGUGGACGGCUUGCCCGAGCAGGAACGAUUGAACGAGGAUCAGGCGCUGUUCAUUUCCAGGUUUGCGAAUGUGCUGGACACCGUUUUGGCGCAGGAGGACCGCGGAUCAGGGAAGACCCACGUCGUGCAGAAGCUGAUUUUUCCCAUCGUGCUGUUUAUUUGGCCUCCCAGCAAGAACCGCGAGACCAUUCAAGUGGUGGCUGCGAAAAAUUCGCAGGCCAAGAACAUCUCGACUUCGGAAAUCCGGGCCAAGACUUUGCAUACGGCGAGUGCCAUGCGGGUGCAGAAGUUGGUGAACGGCUUGAUGAGCGCCGGGCAGAAACAACAACGUCUGCGGGACCUCUGGGAGGAAUGUCGGGUUCUGAUUCUGGAGGAGAUCAGCAUGGUUUCGGCUGCGAUGUACAACAUGUUGGAUUAUCGGGCCAUGCUUGGUCGCACUCACGUUUUCGCAGUGACUCCGCAUAAUUACACUCGGGUCGGCUGUGCUUUUGGGCGAGUGCCCAUCGCGCUGCACUUGGGAGACUUUUUGCAACUGAAGCCCACCGGUCAGAUCUCUUUGAUCGAUGAUCUGGAGCGCCAAGACGAGCACGGGCAGUAUGUCCACCGGGACGUGAGCGUGGAGAUUCAGAACGCCCAGGCCGUUUUCCAAGCCGUGCCGGACGUCUUCGAGCUCAGGGGCACGAAACGGUUUCGACCUGGGGAUCCUCUCAUUGAAAUUUUGCAGCGCAUGCGGACGGGUCAGCCAUUCUCCGACGAGCUUUGGGAGCAGCUGCGGGAUCGCUUUGUCAAGGAUGCGUGUCCCGGGCAGUGCGAUCCUCGUCUGGAUGAGGAGGGCUUUCUGGAUGGCUACUGCGUGUCCCUGUAUUGGAGCAGCUUGACGCGAAUGAUGAAUCGACGCGUACUGGUCGAUGCGCAUCGCCACGGUGUGCCGUUGGUGGUGCUGCAGUGCGCGGACGAGUGUCAGGGCUUGAAGGGCCAGAAGAUGCGGAGCUUUCUGAGUCAGCCGAAUCCCUACAAGACCGGUUACGCCCACGGGGUGCUGCCCUGUCACAUUGGAAUGAAGCUUCGGUUUCUGCAAAAGGUGGACGGCGACAAGGGUCUGGUUCAAGAUACGGUUGGCACUCUCGUUGACUUCGAGUUUCAUCCGAAGGAUCGCGACGGGUACGCUAAGACUGCCGCAGGCGAUUUCUUCGUGCCGCAGUAUCUGCCUUCGGGACUGUGGCUGGCGCUGGAGAAGUUCGCUGGGUGCUCGAACUGGGAGAGUGUCCGGGAUGUGUGCCAGAAGGGCAACAUUGCGAAGGACGCGGAGGAAGCGGAGGAACUCGCGAGGAGCAUGUACUUUUUGCCUGCCGUGCAGACGUCCGUGGCAUUUUCCAGCACGGAGAGCUUCGAGGUGCGCAGGUGCGGUUUUCAGGUGAGUCACGGCCUGUUUCUGACGAGCACGGCGUCCCAGGGCUUGACUCUGCGGCGCCCCACGAUCGUGGAUUGCGCUCGUCUUCCGGAGUUGGAUGAGGAUCACUGGUGGCUGCACCUCUACGUGAUGUUGUCCAGGGUGACCUGUCUGGAACACUUGCUUUUGCUGCGUCCUCCGUCUCGCGAGCAGUUUGAACGCGGACCGCCGAAGGCGAUCCGGGAGGUGCUGCGUAGCUUCGAGGAGAAAGCUGCAAGAUGUCGAGAAGGCGCUCUUCAUCGGGUGGCACGGAGCAGCUCGAGCGUCCGAAACAGAGGCGUGGGAUCGUUCGUUUUCCGACGCGGUGAUCGAGCCGAACCAACGGCUCGCUGUGGGCUGGGGUGUCGGCUGGUCGUCGUCGUCGUCGCGGACCGUUGA